AUGGAGGCGGUGGCGUUGUACAAUUUCCAGUCGGUGGAGAAGGAUGAGCUGAACUUCAAGAAGGGGGACACGAUGAAGAUCCUGAAUAUGGAAGAUGAUCAGAACUGGUACAAAGCAGAGCUCUCUGGCAUGGAAGGGUUCAUCCCCAAAAACUACAUCAAAAUGAAGCCCCAUCCGUGGUACUCAGGCCGGAUUUCUAGGCAGGUGGCUGAAAAAAUCCUCUUGAAAAAGCAUUUCCGCGGAGCCUUCCUGGUCCGGGAGAGCGAGAGCACACCGGGGGAAUUCUCCAUCUCCGUGAACUACGAAGAGCAAGUCUUACAUUUUAAGGUGCUCCGGGAGAAGAAGUGUAAAUACUACCUCUGGGAAGAGAAGUUUGACUCCAUCAACGAACUGGUGGAUUUCUACAGGACCACCAGUAUUGCUAAGAAGAAACAGAUAUUACUCAGAGAUCGAGAAGAAUCGCAGGGGCCCAAGAAAUCCAAGUUCGUUCAAGCGCAGUUCAACUUCCCAGCUCAAGACCCAACCCAGUUGGGCUUCCUCAGAGGGGACGUCAUCGAGAUCCUGGACUCUUCUGACCCCAACUGGUGGAAGGGGAUGUUGGGUGGGAAAAGCGGCUUCUUUCCCCGGAACUACGUUUUCCCGUUGAGCAUGUGA